AGGGAAGGAAUGCUUACAAGGAGCAGCAGAUGGAAGAUUUUUGUCAGGAGUCUUAAAUUCGCAGUAUGAAGCAAAGCUUCAGUCCUGCUCCAUUCCAUCGAGGAUGUGUGAAACGUACCAAGAGGUGCCUUAAACAAAAUAAAAUGGAAAGAUAAAAUAGUCAACAGAAGCUAGGGAGAUCUACAUGUUAAAAAGAACAAGCACCAGAAUACUUGAUUUGCUCCUUCCUCUCCUUGAAGAACUCCCAUCAUCUGCAGCUGGACCGGUAACCAAAGUGACCAUAUGCAAGGACAAAGAUGGAAAACCCAAGACUUUUGGAUUUGUCUGCUUUAAACACACAGAGUCAGUGCCUUAUGCCAUAGCUUUGCUGAAUGGGAUUCGUUUAUAUGGAAGACCAAUUAAAGUGCAAUAUCGGUUUGGGAGUUCCCACUGUGUAGAGUUAAUCAAUCAUUGCCAGACUGUGGAACAUGAUAUACAGUCAUCAACACACAGGAAUUUAGAGCCUUAUGGUGGUACUCCAUUACCUCUAAGUCCUUUUCAGGUGAAUAAUAGUCCACCACAGGGUUAUUCUGCCUUUCAGAACAUGAUGACGUAUUUCUUAGCACACCAAUAUACCCCUUAUAAUCCAAUGGGACAGCAAUUUCCUUGCUAUCAGAUGGCAUCACCACCGUCGUUUCCAAGUUUUCCUAUUCCAGCCUAUCUGAAUCCAGGACAAACCUCUUUUGAAUGUGUGUACCCAGAGCCAAAGAAUCACACACAGUAUCUGGUUAACAAAGGUUCAUCUAAAAGGAAAAGGUCUCAGGAAACUAGUGACAGUGAUAGUAGUGUGGGAAAUGACAGGAAAAAACCAAAAAGAAAGUCAACAAAAAUCUAAGGACAUAAAUAUGUGUACAAUGGGGUUGACUACAUAGUGCCUAUUUGCACUCUACUAAGAAAUAAGACAUGGCUAUUGUGGUAUAUAAGAUUAUUUAUAAUGGUUUAAGGUAAAGUAUUAUAGAAGUUACACUCCGAUUAAAAGGGAGAAAUAGCAUUUUUUGUAUUUUUUAAAAUCACCUUACUACUUCACAGAAAAGAAUAUACAAAGCAUUGUAAUCUCUUCUAGUAACUUUGUCCA